CCGACAUUCUUGAACUACGGUGAGGAGUCUCCAGCGUCUCUUCUACUCAUGCAGAUGUGUGAGAAUGGCGCCAGAAGCACGCCUGCAGUUGCCACGCCUGCCACCGGAGGCCCUUCGCAGUCGACGUCCACCGAUGGGGCCAAUGGGUCCGAUCGGACGAGGUCACCACCACCACCUAGGGCAAGAACUGCGGCACUGCGAGGAAAGAAGAAAACUCGCGAUGGGGACGUGGCCACCUUCUUGCAGCAGCGCAGUCAUCAGAAGCGAGCCAUUCGAGAGAGGGAGCUCGAUAUAGAAGAGCGGAGACUCGCUCUAGAUGAAAAACGGCUGGAGUUUGAGCGUGAACGAUUUGCCGAGGAAGCCCAGGCGAGAGCCGAGGAAAGGCGCGAGCUCUCCGAACAGCGACGGAUCAUGUUCGAGUUCCUGCUCGGUCAGGCCAAAAGGAAUUGAAGAUUUGUGGCUCUACUUCCAAUAAAUGGAGAUGACAAAUUUUAUUGAAUAUGAUCUGCAAAACAUUCCAGUAAUAAAGGACGCCAUUUGCAGUGGCAAAUCUUGUUUUAACCAUGAACACAUCAGAAGAAGAAAAAAAGUAGAUUGAUAUAGUCUGCAAGUUUUUGAUUUUGCUGAAAAUAUAUAUGUACAAUGCUUGAGGGCAGGUAGAC